AUGUCAUUUCUAGGUUUCGGUGGCGGUGGCCAAUCUCAAGUUUCUUCUCAACAAAAAGUCCAAGCUGCUGAGGCGGAGUUGGACCUUGUUACGGAUAUGUUUAACAAGUUAGUGGACAACUGUCAUAAGAAAUGUAUCAGUUCCUCAUACAGUGAAGGUGAUUUGAACAAAAACGAAUCCAACUGUCUCGACAGGUGUGUUGCUAAAUAUUUUGAAACUAACAUCAAGGUUGGUGAAAAUAUGCAACAAAUUGGUCAAAAUUUCCAAGCUGCUGGUCGUCUUUGA